AUGGCUUUCCUUCAAGAACAGUUUCAACGCCACUACCAAACCCAACAACAACCACAACCACAAACCAAUUCUUUCAGAAAUUUAAGAACAAUGGAUGGUCAGAUGUCGCAGCAGAUGGCGUUUUACAACCCUACUGAUUUGCAAGAUCAGUCUCAGCAUCCACCAUACAUUCCUCCAUUUCAUGUUGUUGGAUUUGCUCCGGGUCCUGUUCUUCCUGCUGAUGGAAGUGACGGUGGUGUUGAUUUGCACUGGAAUUUUGGGUUGGAACCGGAGAGAAAGAGACUAAAAGAACAGGAUUUUUUGGAGAACAAUUCUCAGAUAUCUUCCGUGGAUUUCCUGCAACCUCGAUCGGUGUCCACGGGAUUGGGAUUGUCGCUUGAUAAUAAUCGUCUAGCUUCAACCGGUGACUCGGCUUUAUUGUCGCUUAUUGGGGAUGACAUCGAUCGCGAGUUGCAGCAGCAGGAUUUAGAGAUGGAUAGAUUUCUCAAACUGCAGGGUGAGCAAUUGCGGCAAACAGUUUUAGAGAAAGUUCAAGCAACACAACUACAAUGCGUUUCAAUCAUCGAAGACAAGGUAAUUCAGAAGCUUCGUGAAAAAGACACUGAGGUAGAAAACAUCAACAAACGAAACAUGGAGCUUGAAGACCAAAUGGAGCAGUUAAGUGCAGAAGCAGGGGCUUGGCAACAGCGUGCCAGAUACAACGAAAACAUGAUCGCUGCUCUCAAGUUCAACCUUCAGCAAGCUUAUCUCCAAAGUAGAGACAGUAAAGAAGGAUGCGGCGACAGCGAAGUAGACGAUACAGCUUCUUGCUGUAACGGCCGUUCACUUGAUUUCCAUCUCCUCUCCAAUGAAAAUUCAAACAUGAAAGAAGCCAUGAAAUGUAAGGCUUGCAGAGUGAAUGAAGUGACGAUGGUUUUGUUACCGUGUAAGCAUCUUUGCCUCUGUAAAGAUUGUGAAAGUAAGCUAAGUUUUUGUCCUCUGUGUCAAUCCUCCAAGUUCAUAGGUAUGGAGGUCUACAUAUAA